AUGGUGAAGAGGUGCCCAAAGAGGGAUAAUGGUGAAGAGGUGCCCAAAGAGGGACAAUGCAGAGAGGGAAGAGAAGAGAAGGUUGAAGAGAGGGCAGGAGAAGAGAAGGUUGAAGAGAGGGCAGGAGAAGAGAAGGUUGAAGAGAGGGCAGGAGAAGAGAAGGUUGAAGAGAGGGCAGGAGAAGAGAAGGUUGAAGAGAGGGCAGGAGAAGAGAAGGUUGAAGAGAGGGCAGGAGAAGAGAAGGUUGAAGAGAGGGCAGGAGAAGAGAAGGUUGAAGAGAGGGCAGGAGAAGAGAAGGUUGAAGAGAGGGCAGGAGAAGAGAAGGUUGAAGAGAGGGCAGGAGAAGAGAAGGUUGAAGAGAGGGCAGGAGAAGAGAAGGUUGAAGAGAGGGCAGGAGAAGAGAAGGUUGAAGAGAGGGCAGGAGAAGAGAAGGUUGAAGAGAGGGCAGGAGAAGAGAAGGUUGAAGAGAGGGCAGGAGAAGAGAAGGUUGAAGAGAGGGCAGGAGAAGAGAAGGUUGAAGAGAGGGCAGGAGAAGAGAAGGUUGAAGAGAGGGCAGGAGAAGAGAAGGUUGAAGAGAGGGCAGGAGAAGAGAAGGUUGAAGAGAGGGCAGGAGAAGAGAAGGUUGAAGAGAGGGCAGGAGAAGAGAAGGUUGAAGAGAGGGCAGGAGAAGAGAAGGUUGAAGAGAGGGCAGGAGAAGAGAAGGUUGAAGAGAGGGCAGGAGAAGAGAAGGUUGAAGAGAGGGCAGGAGAAGAGAAGGUUGAAGAGAGGGCAGGAGAAGAGAAGGUUGAAGAGAGGGCAGGAGAAGAGAAGGUUGAAGAGAGGGCAGGAGAAGAGAAGGUUGAAGAGAGGGCAGGAGAAGAGAAGGUUGAAGAGAGGGCAGGAGAAGAGAAGGUUGAAGAGAGGGCAGGAGAAGAGAAGGUUGAAGAGAGGGCAGGAGAAGAGAAGGUUGAAGAGAGGGCAGGAGAAGAGAAGGUUGAAGAGAGGGCAGGAGAAGAGAAGGUUGAAGAGAGGGCAGGAGAAGAGAAGGUUGAAGAGAGGGCAGGAGAAGAGAAGGUUGAAGAGAGGGCAGGAGAAGAGAAGGUUGAAGAGAGGGCAGGAGAAGAGAAGGUUGAAGAGAGGGCAGGAGAAGAGAAGGUUGAAGAGAGGGCAGGAGAAGAGAAGGUUGAAGAGAGGGCAGGAGAAGAGAAGGUUGAAGAGAGGGCAGGAGAAGAGAAGGUUGAAGAGAGGGCAGGAGAAGAGAAGGUUGAAGAGAGGGCAGGAGAAGAGAAGGUUGAAGAGAGGGCAGGAGAAGAGAAGGUUGAAGAGAGGGCAGGAGAAGAGAAGGUUGAAGAGAGGGCAGGAGAAGAGAAGGUUGAAGAGAGGGCAGGAGAAGAGAAGGUUGAAGAGAGGGCAGGAGAAGAGAAGGUUGAAGAGAGGGCAGGAGAAGAGAAGGUUGAAGAGAGGGCAGGAGAAGAGAAGGUUGAAGAGAGGGCAGGAGAAGAGAAGGUUGAAGAGAGGGCAGGAGAAGAGAAGGUUGAAGAGAGGGCAGGAGAAGAGAAGGUUGAAGAGAGGGCAGGAGAAGAGAAGGUUGAAGAGAGGGCAGGAGAAGAGAAGGUUGAAGAGAGGGCAGGAGAAGAGAAGGUUGAAGAGAGGGCAGGAGAAGAGAAGGUUGAAGAGAGGGCAGGAGAAGAGAAAGUUGAAGAGAGGGCAGGAGAAGAGAAGGUUGAAAAGAGGGCAGGAGAAGAGAAGGUUGAAAAGAGGGCAGGAGAAGAGAAGGUUGAAAAGAGGGCAGGAGAAGCGAAGGUUGAAAAGAGGGCAGGAGAAGCGAAGGUUGAAAAGAGGGCAGGAGAAGCGAAGGUUGAAAAGAGGGCAGGAGAAGAGAAGGUUGCAAAGAGGGCAGGAGAAGAGAAGGUUGGAAAGAGGGCAGGAGAAGAGAAGGUUGGAAAGAGGGCAGGAGAAGAGAAGGUUGGAAAGAGGGCAGGAGAAGAGAAGGUUGGAAAGAGGGCAGGAGAAGAGAAGGUUGGAAAGAGGGCAGGAGAAGAGAAGGUUGGAAAGAGGGCAGGAGAAGAGAAGGUUGAAGAGAGGGCAGGAGAAGAGAAGGUUGAAGAGAGGGCAGGAGAAGAGAAGGUUGAAGAGAGGGCAGGAGAAGAGAAGGUUGAAGAGAGGGCAGGAGAAGAGAAGGUUGAAGAGAGGGCAGGAGAAGAGAAGGUUGAAGAGAGGGCAGGAGAAGAGAAGGUUGAAGAGAGGGCAGGAGAAGAGAAGGUUGAAGAGAGGGCAGGAGAAGAGAAGGUUGAAGAGAGGGCAGGAGAAGAGAAGGUUGAAGAGAGGGCAGGAGAAGAGAAGGUUGAAGAGAGGGCAGGAGAAGAGAAGGUUGAAGAGAGGGCAGGAGAAGAGAAGGUUGAAGAGAGGGCAGGAGAAGAGAAGGUUGAAGAGAGGGCAGGAGAAGAGAAGGUUGAAGAGAGGGCAGGAGAAGAGAAGGUUGAAGAGAGGGCAGGAGAAGAGAAGGUUGAAGAGAGGGCAGGAGAAGAGAAGGUUGAAGAGAGGGCAGGAGAAGAGAAGGUUGAAGAGAGGGCAGGAGAAGAGAAGGUUGAAGAGAGGGCAGGAGAAGAGAAGGUUGAAGAGAGGGCAGGAGAAGAGAAGGUUGAAGAGAGGGCAGGAGAAGAGAAGGUUGAAGAGAGGGCAGGAGAAGAGAAGGUUGAAGAGAGGGCAGGAGAAGAGAAGGUUGAAGAGAGGGCAGGAGAAGAGAAGGUUGAAGAGAGGGCAGGAGAAGAGAAGGUUGAAGAGAGGGCAGGAGAAGAGAAGGUUGAAAAGAGGGCAGGAGAAGAGAAGGUUGAAGAGAGGGCAGGAGAAGAGAAGGUUGAAGAGAGGGCAGGAGAAGAGAAGGUUGAAAAGAGGGCAGGAGAAGCGAAGGUUGAAAAGAGGGCAGGAGAAGAGAAGGUUGGAAAGAGGGCAGGAGAAGAGAAGGUUGAAAAGAGGGCAGGAGAAGAGAAGGUUGAAAAGAGGGCAGGAGAAGAGAAGGUUGGAAAGAGGGCAGGAGAAGAGAAGGUUGGAAAGAGGGCAGGAGAAGAGAAGGUUGGAAAGAGGGCAGGAGAAGAGAAGGUUGGAAAGAGGGCAGGAGAAGAGAAGGUUGGAAAGAGGGCAGGAGAAGAGAAGGUUGAAGAGAGGGCAGGAGAAGAGAAGGUUGAAGAGAGGGCAGGAGAAGAGAAGGUUGAAAAGAGGGCAGGAGAAGAGAAGGUUGGAAAGAGGGCAGGAGAAGAGAAGGUUGAAAAGAGGGCAGGAGAAGAGAAGGUUGGAAAGAGGGCAGGAGAAGAGAAGGUUGGAAAGAGGGCAGGAGAAGAGAAGGUUGGAAAGAGGGCAGGAGAAGAGAAGGUUGGAAAGAGGGCAGGAGAAGAGAAGGUUGGAAAGAGGGCAGGAGAAGAGAAGGUUGGAAAGAGGGCAGGAGAAGAGAAGGUUGGAAAGAGGGCAGGAGAAGAGAAGGUUGGAAAGAGGGCAGGAGAAGAGAAGGUUGGAAAGAGGGCAGGAGAAGAGAAGGUUGGAAAGAGGGCAGGAGAAGAGAAGGUUGGAAAGAGGGCAGGAGAAGAGAAGGUUGGAAAGAGGGCAGGAGAAGAGAAGGUUGGAAAGAGGGCAGGAGAAGAGAAGGUUGGAAAGAGGGCAGGAGAAGAGAAGGUUGGAAAGAGGGCAGGAGAAGAGAAGGUUGGAAAGAGGGCAGGAGAAGAGAAGGUUGGAAAGAGGGCAGGAGAAGAGAAGGUUGGAAAGAGGGCAGGAGAAGAGAAGGUUGGAAAGAGGGCAGGAGAAGAGAAGGUUGGAAAGAGGGCAGGAGAAGAGAAGGUUGGAAAGAGGGCAGGAGAAGAGAAGGUUGGAAAGAGGGCAGGAGAAGAGAAGGUUGGAAAGAGGGCAGGAGAAGAGAAGGUUGGAAAGAGGGCAGGAGAAGAGAAGGUUGGAAAGAGGGCAGGAGAAGAGAAGGUUGAAAAGAGGGCAGGAGAAGAGAAGGUUGGAAAGAGGGCAGGAGAAGAGAAGGUUGAAAAGAGGGCAGGAGAAGAGAAGGUUGAAAAGAGGGCAGGAGAAGAGAAGGUUGGAAAGAGGGCAGGAGAAGAGAAGGUUGAAAAGAGGGCAGGAGAAGAGAAGGUUGAAAAGAGGGCAGGAGAAGAGAAGGUUGAAAAGAGGGCAGGAGAAGAGAAGGUUGAAGAGAGGGCAGGAGAAGAGAAGGUUGGAAAGAGGGCAGGAGAAGAGAAGGUUGGAAAGAGGGCAGGAGAAGAGAAGGUUGGAAAGAGGGCAGGAGAAGAGAAGGUUGGAAAGAGGGCAGGAGAAGAGAAGGUUGGCAUGUCCGCCUCUCCGCCUCUAUUUUCCCCAUGGCAUGUCGGAUAA